AUGGAAGGCCUUCCCAAGCUUAAAGUGCUAGUGUUGAGGUCUAACAAGUUUGGUGGUAACACUUCACUUCCUUCACCAACCAAACUUCCAUUUCCUAAGUUGCAAGUUUUAGAUAUCUCUCACAAUGCAUUUGUUGGCUAUCUACCCAAUAGAUAUUUCAACAAUUUCAAAGCAAUGAUGGAGGCAAGGCAAAGAGAUGACACAAAUAAACCCUACGACUUCAACGACAAAGACUAUCUACGAUUUGUGGAUAUGAUAGUCACUUUGAAAGGUCAGGAUCAGUUGUUGAAAAGACUACUAGAAACCUUCACAACAAUUGACUUAUCCUCCAAUAGUUUCUCCGGAACUAUUCUACCUUCCAUAGGAAAUCUUAAGAAUCUCAAAUAUUUGAACUUGUCCCAUAAUAUCCUCACAGGACAUAUACCUUCAUAUCUUGGAAACUUAAGUGAACUUGAAUCGUUGGACUUAUCAACGAACAAACUGGAUGGAGAAAUUCCAAAUGAACUGACAAGGUUGACAUUUCUUGCGAAAUUAAACCUUUCGAUGAACAAUCUUGUUGGGCAAAUACCACGAUCUAAUCAAUUCUCCACACUUGAGAAUGAUUCAUAUAUGGGAAACUUGGGAUUGUGUGGAGUUCCAUUGUCGAGAAAGUGCAAAGAGGAUGAUGGGAAAUCGAUGCAGCCUGCUGAAGAAGAAGAUGACGAAUAUGAAUUCAUAGAUGGAUUUGGCUGGCGAUGUGUUGUAAUGGGAUAUGGAAGUGGAUUCAUACUUGGUACUGGAAUUGGUUACAUGAUUAUAAGAAGUGGAAGGCCAAGAUGGUUAGUGGAAUUCUUUUUUGGAGUUGGAUAUAAAUAUAAGACGAAGAAGAGAAGCAACAGAGCUGCACCAACACGAAUGGGAACUUAG